AAAUUUGGGCGUAAACAAGCCACAUUUGACGUGCUUCUGUAGAAGAGCGGCAGCAGAAGAACUCUGGGUCGACUGGGAACGGAGAGUAUUAACGUCGCGCAUUUAAUCAAUUUAUUCUCGUUUAGUGAUUUUAUUUUUGACCGGUGAGCAGAAUGCUUCCGAUGUCUCUGUUAGUUUCUCUGUGCCUUGUGUCGUGUUUCGGUGCUGCCUACGCAAGAGAAAACGCAACUGCUCCACAUGGAAGGGGCUUUUUGUAUGGCUUACGCCAGUCAGUGACGGAUGAACCAAUAGAUUAUGAUGAUAACGGCACAUUAAAUCGUUCUUUAAAUGGUCCCAAGGACAGAAAAGUUUUUUCGGAACAGGCCCUGAUGUUUCUAACUGGCCCUGUGUCCACCAUCCUUUUACCUUCCUUCUACACGCUGGUCUGCUCCAUCAGUGUGCCAAUUAACAUCUGUGCUCUGCUGGCCUUUGCUCGGGGGAUCCGUCCUAAGAAGCCAGCUGCAAUCUAUAUGCUGAACCUGGCCUUAGCUGAUCUGCUCUUUGCACUGAUGCUCCCCUUCAAGAUCUCCUACCACUUUGAAGGCAACAACUGGAAAUUUGGCCCGUCCAUGUGCCGUGUGGUCACUGCUGCCUUUUACUGGAACAUGUAUUGUUCUGUUCUUCUCAUAGCUUGCAUCAGUGUGGACCGUCUGCUUGCUGUUGUUUAUCCCAUUGACUCUCUGGCUUGGAGGAGGCCAAGGAACACAGUCAUAGCCUGCAUAACCAUGUGGGUGUUAUCCUUGACUGGCUCUGUGCCUCUUGUUACAUCGGACCAGACUUUUCAUAUCAGUGAGUUGAAUAUCACCACCUGCCAUGAUGUCCACUCCACAGAUAAGAUCGUCUGGUUAAAGACAUACUUCGUCACUCUCUGCUGCCUCCUCUUCUUCCUGCCUCUGCUCAUCACAGUGGUGUCCUACACUCGAGUCAUCUGGUCACUGAGCAAACUCCAAAAAAGGCUCCCUGGAAGCUCACACAAAAGGAAAAGAGCAAUAGUGAUGGUUUUGACAGUUCUGUUGAUAUUUGUCCUGUGUUUCAUGCCUACAAACUGUCUGCUGCUUGCACACUACCUGCAGUUUAACACAGAGAAGAGCCAGGAGGCACCUGAUGGCUCUUACGCACUCUAUCUGGUGUUUCUGUGUUUGGGAAGUCUGAACUGCCUCCUGGAUCCCCUGCUCUACUACUUCGCUGGAGAACCAUACACAGAUGCAGUAUGUCAGCACACUUUCAGUGGAGCAGAAGACAAUCAGCAGCUCCUUCUUCAGCUCCAUUUUUCUGAGGAUACUCAGAAAGUGGAGGAGCUGUUGGCCUUCUUUAAAACCGCUGAGGUGUUUGAGCUCCAUUGGAGGUGUGUGUCUAUGUGCCCACCCAGGAACUUGAAACUGGACACCCUUUCCACACUCUCCCCUAUUGAUCCUGACAGGCUGCAGCUCAGAUUUCCUCCUUCUGAAGUCGACUACCAGUUCUUUUGUCUUGGUUGUAUUGAGGUCCAGGUUGUUGUCUGCACACUAAUCCGACAGCCUCUGAACCUCAGCUCAGUAUGUUGUCUCGUCGCCUCCAGAGACGAGCCCCACCAUGGUGGUAUCAUCUGCGAACUUAAUCACUGCAUUGCCUGGGUGAGCAGUAGCAGUUUUUGA